CAUAGAAGGAAUCUCAUUCACUCUCCUUCCUGAGCAUAAAUUAGGCCGUAAAUUUCUCUCAAUUCAAGCUAAACUAUUCGGGUCUCUUUCAGUUUCGGUUCGAGUUUGAGAGAGCAAUGAAGGGAAAAAGUGUGACCCAAUGUGCAGAACAUCUAGAGGGUUUAAUCAAAGGGAAAGAAGCAGCUAAAGGACCAACUUGGAAAUUGGGAAUGGAUAGAUCGACGCUAGCACUGGGUCCUAUCAUGGACCUGCCGAUCAUGCACGACAGUGACCGGUACGAUUUCGUCCGAGAUAUCGGUUCAGGAAAUUUCGGAAUCGCGAGAUUGAUGAGAGAUAAGCUCACUAAAGAGCUCGUUGCCGUCAAAUACAUCGAGAGAGGUGAUAAGAUUGAUGAAAAUGUUCAAAGGGAAAUAAUUAAUCAUAGGUCUCUCAGGCACCCCAACAUUGUUAGGUUUAAAGAGGUCAUAUUAACACCAACCCAUCUAGCUAUUGUGAUGGAAUAUGCUGCUGGUGGAGAGCUUUUUGAACGUAUAUGCAAGGCAGGGCGCUUCAUUGAGGAUGAGGCUCGCUUUUUCUUUCAACAGCUUAUAUCAGGGGUCAGCUAUUGUCAUGCAAUGCAAAUAUGUCACCGGGACUUGAAGUUGGAAAAUACUUUGUUGGAUGGAAGCCCAGCUCCUCGUUUGAAGAUAUGUGAUUUUGGGUACUCCAAGUCUUCGGUGCUUCAUUCACAACCAAAAUCAACUGUUGGAACUCCUGCAUACAUUGCUCCAGAAGUAUUAAUGAGGCAAGAAUACGAUGGCAAGAUUGCAGACGUGUGGUCAUGUGGGGUAACAUUAUAUGUUAUGCUUGUUGGUGCAUAUCCUUUUGAGGAUCCUGAUGAACCCAAGGACUUCCGAAAGACAAUACAAAGAAUUCUCAGUGUUCAGUAUUCCAUUCCAAGCUCUGUUCAAAUAUCUACCGAGUGUCACCACCUGAUCUCAAGGAUAUUUGUUGCUGACCCUGGAGCGAGGAUUACAAUUCCGGAAAUCAAGAAUCAUGAGUGGUUUCUGAAGAACCUCCCUGCAGACCUCAUGGAUGAGAAGACAAUAGGAAACCAGUUUGAAGAGCCUGAUCAACCCAUGCAGAGUCAUGAUGAGAUCAUGGCGAUAAUUUCUGAGGCCACUGUACCAGCACCAGGGGUCUAUGGCCUUAAUAGCUACAUGACGGAUGGCUUAGACAUGGAUGAUGACAUGGACUUGGAAAACGAUUCAGACAUCGAUGUAGAUAGCAGUGGAGAGGUAGUGUAUGCAAUGUGAUGGGAACAUGUAUUUUGCCUCCUGAAAAGACAGCUGCCCCCAACUAGUAAAGCUCUUCUAGGCUUGUGGCUGUGUAGAUUAAGCCAAGAAAAUGCAUGGUAGAAUGUGUGGGAAAUCACAGUAGAUAUUGCUCUAGGAAAGGAAUCGUGGUUAAUCUGUAAUUCUCAUUUACAUUUUGGAGUUUGACAUGUUCAUAGUAUGAAGCUUUUAUCCCUUUUUUUGGGUGGGAUAUUUUAGUUUUAUUACAAGAGGUGAUAAUAGGUUGUGGAAAAUCUAGAGGCCAUGUGACCACCCACCCCUCCUUCCCUUCCCCCUGGACUCUUGUUUAUUUGUCAUUUUUUACCUUCACCCUGUGUUUCUUGUUGUUUUAUCUUUGCUUGUAAGGUAUAAAUAUAUAUGUACACUUUGUACGAUAGUGGUCUGUAGUUAUUUAUUUUCCUGUUGUGUUAA